UUCGUCUGAUCCACUUCCGCUCCCUUGUCCGCUUAGUUCCCACAGUGUCUCAGAGAUGCAGAGUAGACAGGAAGUUAUGCAUCACUUGAGAGCAUGCAGUGUUAACGAGGAUCGAUCUCUUUACAUUCUUAAAGGUUUGGGCUACCUUACCAUUAUGACACCAAGAAAUCUCUUGUAUAUGAGAAGUAAUUUUUUUUUUGGAUCAAGAUGUUGGAUGACCCGAUUUUCAGCAGAAAUUCUUUCCAAAUCAGUUUCAUUUAGGUUUUUUGGCGCGAAGCAUGAUGAUGUAGACAUUGAGCCUUUGGAAAAUGAAGAACUGCUGAAUAACUUACUUACCAUAGGAGUAGAUGUUCACAAGGCAAAGAAACGGCAGCCCGGAGUUUUUAAUAGAGUGGGUACUAAUGAGCAGGGCCUGAAGAUGUUCCUAAUGUCCAAAGGAGCUAGCAAAAAAGUGAUUGCAAGCAUCAUAUCAAGAUAUCCACGAGCCAUAACACGCAAAGUUGAAAGUCUCUCAGAACGGUGGGAACUGUGGAGAAAAAUUAUGACUUCAGAUCUUGAAAUUUUAAAUGUUCUGGAACGUUCUCCUGAAUCCUUUUUUCGUUCCAAUGACAACCAAAACCUGGAGAAUAAUAUAGAUUUCCUCUACUCAGUUGGAUUGUCAGAUAAAUUACUUCGUCGAUUGUUAACCCAUGCCCCUCGCACCUUCUCUAAUAGUCUUCAUCUGAAUAAACAGAUGAUUGAACUUUUAAAAAAAGUCUCUUUGUCCUUGGGUCACAAUGAUCCUGACGAUUUUAUCAGGAAGAUAAUUUUUAAAAACCCAUUCAUCUUAAUUCAGAGCACCAAACGGGUGAAAGCUAACAUUGAAUUUUUACAGUCAACUUUCAACUUGAGCAAUGAAAAGCUGCUCAUCCUGAUAUGUGGUCCAGGAGCUGAAAUCUUAGACCUUUCUAAUGACUAUGCCAAAAAAACCUACAUAAAUAUCAAGGAGAAGCUGUUUUCUCAUGGGUGUACUGACGAAGAGGUCCAUAAAUUUGUCUUAAGCUAUCCAGAUUUGAUCUUCAUGGGAGAGAAAAAAUUUAGUGAUAAAAUAGACUGCCUCAUAGAAGAAAACAUUAGCAUUGCACGAAUACUUGAAAAUCCUCGGAUUUUGGAUUCAAGCAUAAGUACUUUAAAAAGUCGUAUAAAACAAUUGGUAAAUGCUGGCUAUGACUUAAGAACAUCAAAUCUCGCUCUUCUAUCUUGGAGUCAAAACAGAUACAAAGCUAAGUUGAAAAAGCUAAACAUUGUAUAGAACAUUGUUCUGGCAAAUUCUAAAAAGUCAGUCUUAUAAUGUGGUGUUAUCUGUUUUUUUAUUUUUUUUAUUUUUAGCCUUUCAAAGAGGAGAGGUUUGAUAUCUUAACCACACACACACACACACACACACACACACAUACAUACAUAUGGUUUUUAUUUUAUGAAUCUUUAUUUUAAAGAUUCAUAAAAGCUCAUUAUCAGUAUGUUCAAGUAGUCUUCCCAGCUACCUGUUUACUAGUUUGAGUUAAUGCAACAUCCUAUUAUGUGAUAUAGGUUGUGGCUAUUAUGUGAAUGUUAGUUCCCAAGUCAAGGCAAAAACAAUGUGUAGAAAGAAAGUACAAAAUAAGCUUUUUGUGGUUUCUGUAGUGAUUACACAAUUGACGGAUUCUUUUAGGUGAUUCUAUAUGCUGUCAUGCCUUUGAUUGGCAACCUGUUAUUCAUACUUAUUUAGUUAUGGUUCAUCUUCAAAAUAAAAUGCCAAUUAAAAUCUGACAAAAUAGAAAGGAGAGUAUGUUCAUCCCAAUUUUACAUAUUCCGUUUAAACCAUUAGUGGGCUCUUCCCACCCUCCACUCUAUUCACAAUUUAAUGGGAAGACAAGGGCAAUUGUGGUAAGCAAAAUAAUUACCACCCAAAUAUGUCAAUAUCUUCCUUCCCAGAACCUCUGAAUAUAUUAUAUUACAGAAGGACUUUGCAGAUCUGAUUAAGUUUAGGACCUCAAGAUGGGGAGAUUAUCCUGGAUUAUUUGAAUAGGCACAAUAAUAAUCAUAAGGGUCUUUAAAAGUGGAAGAGUGAGGUUAAAGAGGAGGUCACGGUCAUGCAAUGGACUAGAUUCACUUUUUCUGGCUUUGAAGGAAAAAAUACAUUAUGGACUAAGGAAAGCAGAUGGCAUCUAGGAAAUGGAAAAGGUAAAGAAACAGAUUCUCCCUUAAAGCUGUCGGAAAGGAAUGCACCCUACUGGGACUUAGCAUUUAUUCCUUGAGACCCACAGAACCAUAAUAAUAAUAAAUUUAUGUUGUCUAAAAGCUACUGAGUUUGUGAUAAUUUGUUAAAGUGGCAAAUAGAUUAAUAUAGUAACUAAAUGAUUAAUUGCAUUAUAGGUGGAGAAGUCACAGAAUAGAGUGUUUUUAGUAUUUAUGUGUAUUUCUUAGAAUAACUGCCUUUUUUAUCCACUGGUAAUAUGGAAUAAUUUAUAAAUUAGGUAGAUAAAAAAUUAAAUGCAUAUAAUACAUUAUAAAGGAACAUUUUGGUUAAGGAAUAUAGUUUAAAAAACAGUGAUAGUUUCUGUGUCUAAUAUAAAUGAAGAACAAGGAUUCUCCAGAGGCAUUGACUUACAAUGUGAUAAAUCAGGUAUCUUGAAGAGAUUCACAAUCUAGCUUUGAUAUAAAGUGAAAGAAGUCAGACAAGUUACAUGACCACAGUACUUUUAAUUUCCAGAGGAUUUUGUAUUAAAAAAACACGGUGAUGUUCAGCUUUAAAAUCUUACAUUCAAUGAUGCCUCAAAAAACCCCCAACUCAUUUUAUAUAAGUGAGACUGUAUAAUAUGUGGUCUUUUAUGACUAAUUUCUUUCACUUAGUGUAAUGUUUUCAAGGUUCAUUCAUGUAUCAGUAUUUCAUUCCUUUUUUUAAAAAAAUUUUAUUUAAAUUUUAUUUUUAUAUUCCCCAUACAAUUACAACCCCCUUAUUCUGACCCCAAGCCCUCCUUUCCCCGCCCUCCACCCCCCAUAGAGUGUCUCUGGUUCGUAGUUGUUUGUUGAUUUUGAUAUUUUCUUUCUUAUAGUUAUUCUUUUUCCUGGUCCCUUAUUUAAGUUUUCUAGAUUCCUGCUAUGAGUGAGACCAUCCGGUAUUUUUCUUUUUCUUUCUGGCUUAUUUCGCUGAGCAUGAUCCCUUCCAGCUCCAUCCAUGUUGCUGCAAAUUGCAUGUGUUUAUCUCUUUUGAAUGCUGAGUAAUAUUCCAUGGUGUAUAUGUACCACAUCUUCUUGAUCCAGUCAUCUAUUUUUGGG